UUUCAAAUUUCCUCGGCUUUCCCUUCCCUUCCCUUCCGCACCGCCGCUUGUCCGGCCACCGCCGUCAGACACCUCCGCCGCCCUGCCCGUCCCGGCUCGGACCCCAGCGCCCGGCACGCGGCGGCAUGGACAGCGACGACGAGGAGAUGUGCGACGCCUCCUCCUCCGCCCCCGCCUCGCCCGGCGGCGGCGCGGGCGAGGGGGAAUUCGAGGAGGAGGAGGCGGCGGGGGAUGUGGAAGACGGCCAGGGCGCGGGCGAGGCGGUGAUGGUGAUGGAGGUGGUGUGGUUCCAGGUGGACCUGGACUACGAGUUCGACGCGCCCAGGUGGUUCGACCUCGCCCAGGAGGAGCCGCCGCCGGAGGCCGCGGCGGCGCAGGCGUGGUUCGCCUCCGCCCCCAGCUGCCCGCCCUCACCCUUAAUUGCUAAGAUGUUAGCUGAAGAUCUUGGAUUGCAAGCCAUCACAACCAUUGCAGAUACAGAUGUUGUGCAUUGUUCUACAGCUUCUCAUGAAAGUUCCAGUGGUGCUGAACAAAAAAUACAUCGGGUUCAAGGAUGGAAACCAUUCCAUGGCUCAUCAGAAAAUGAACGCCGACCUGGCUGUCGAACAACCAUGAAGGGCACUUCCUUGAAAGGCUCCACACUGAUGAAACCUACAGCCAGCCAAUUAGCCAGGCAAAACAGACAAGUGGAACCAAAGAAUGUGAUGCAGAUUAAAAAGCCAGUGGGAGUUAGAAGUGAGAGAAGUACCAUAAGCUCAAACGAUUGCACUUACCAAUCAGCUAAAAGACAGAGAUUAGAGAAUGGGCAUCUCAACAAGGCUGCUGCUGCUACCUACCAGCAUGAGUUUAUUCAUAAAAAUCAUGAAAAGAAUGUUAUGAACCAUAACGUGGAUCGUCCCACUGGUCCAACCAAAUUAAAGAUUACAAUUCCCAGAGAACCUGAGUUGGCCACAAAGCUAAGAGCGGAGAGGUCAAGGGUUCUAAGAUCAAUGCCAACUAAUUUGAAGCAGUUAAAGCAACAGGCUGCACCAUCUGCUUCUACAGCACAACAACUGGCCUCAAAUAGAAAGGGAGUUCAACCACUUCGGGCUACUGGUCAUCAGCAUACAAGUAGACAACAUGACGAUGUUGUGUCAAAUGUGCCAGCAUGUACAUCCAAUCAUGCAAGGCAUCUUAACAAUGUUGAUAAAAAGCGAGAAGAUUGCAGAGACGAUCUGUUUAAAUUUAAAGCCCGGCCUCUGGAUAGAAAGAUAUUAGCGGGCAAAGGUGACAUUGGUGUAUUCCGAUGUGCAAAAAGGAAUACAACUGUGCCUAAGGAAUUUAACUUAUCAACAAGCAGGAAAGGCAACCCAGCCCCUUUGUCUGAACUAUUUAACAAGCUGUCUUUAACUGCGGGAGCACACCAACACCGAGGAAUAGAGCGUCACAUCAGUGAUCUGCCAAAUUAUAUCACUACCAAGGAUUGCAAAGAGAACAUGAUUGGUAACAUGCAAUGUUAGCUCUGACCCAAGUCAAUCAAGAAAUAGAAUAUACAGGAUUUUUCUUUUGACAAUGACUGGUUCAGACUCAACAUUUCUCCACCGGCACAAAGGGUUUUUCUUGGUGUUUUGGACUGUAGGACUCACAAGGGAGCUCUCAACUCCUCUUCUUCAUUUAACAAGAUGAAGCCAUACAUUAUUUGACAUUAUGGCGCACCUCGGCUACUGGCAUCGGCGGCAGUCGAACAUUGUUUGUCAUCUCAGCCUGUUAUAGAGUUGUUGCUGCCGGGCAGCCUAACGUGAUUGUCUCUCAGCCGCCCAGAGCCAUGGCUGGGAUGGUUUUUGUACAGCAAGAUAGACCAUAGCGGCAUAGCUCGGUGAGGGGCGGCUCGCCUGGUGUGUCUGCAGACUGCAGUUGCCGUGCCUCCCGUGGCGACUCCAAAGUGUAACAUAGUGCAGUUUCCGUGCCAAGUCUCUUCUUCGCCGUGCCUUCCA